AGUAGAUCGUGAAAGCCUGCCCGAUUAUCAGCACAACUGCCUCGUUUAGGCCGGCCGCGCGGCAACGCAGAGUAAACGUUGAAAGGACUUCACACCCUCCGCUUCAGUGGUUGGAGACCCACUAUCGAGAAUGCAAGCGCAAAUUUUCCCCGUCAGAGCUUUUGCAGCAGCGAACAACCGGCGAGCCUGCAGCAACGCAGUCGCCGGCCUUUCGAACGCAAACCAUGCUUUUCAAGCGAAGCCCUUUGAGGCGAUACCGAGGGUACCAUCUCUCCCUCUGGUAGGCAGCUCCUGGAUGUACUUUCGCCUACUCGGUAAGCACCACCCCGACCAGAGGCACAAGGCAUCCAUGGAAAUGUACAAGAAGUAUGGGCCUAUCGUUGUUGAGAAGCUGCCGGGCCGCUACUCUUUAGUGCACCUGUUUACAGGCGCCGAUAUUCGAAAGCUAUACCAGGAGGAAGGCAAGGAGCCGUUCAGGAUGGGUGCAACGGCCUUCAAGGAUUACCGAGCGAGCAGGCCGGAGUACUACGCUGACGUGGGCAUACUGAACCUUCAGGGAAAAGACUGGCUUAAAGUUCGGAUGAGCACGCAAAAGCACACACUGCGUGUCCGAACAACAAUGUCCUACUUGCCGAGCAUGAACAAGAUCGCGGAAGAGGCUUUGGACCUGCUCGACCAACUCAUGGAUAAAAACGGCAAAGUGGAAGACUGCUUCUCAUUCCUGCAGAGGUGGGCUCUUGAAAGCGUCGCUUUGGCCUCCGUCGAUGCUCGGCUUGGCUCUCUGCGGUAUCCGCUUGAUCGGACUCUUGACGGCCCCGCCAUAUUGGACGACAUGACAACAACAUUUGCUUGUAUGCAAAAGUUCGGAUACCGGUUUCCAUAUUUUCGUUAUGUACGCACGCCGGCCUGGCGACGUUUCGAGAAAGCCAUGGAUGACUUCACGGUGCGUAUAUUCCGGCACAUUGAGGCCGCAGCUCAGCGGAUGACUUCUGAAGAGCCCGAGCAUGAGCCAACUAUUCUGGAACACAUGCUUAGAGAGAAAAAGCUAACAUUUGGUGAAAUUUUAACGUUCACCAGUGACUUCAACCUCGCAGGAGUGCACACGACGGCAACGGCAGUGACAUUCCUUCUGUUUCACCUCGCGAAGAAUGCACGGGUUCAGUCGAAAGCACGCGAAGAAGCGCUAGCUGUGCUCGGGGACAAGUCGAACUCUGUUGAACCACAUCAGCUGGAGAAGAUGCCGUUUAUAAAGGCCUGCCUGAAAGAAAGCAUGCGGUUGGCCCCAAGCCUGCCGGGAAUCUACAGAAAACUGGACCACGACGUCGUCAUGUCAGGCUACGUUGUUCCCGCCGGGGUGCCGAUAUUCGUGGACGGAUUUGUUGCGGGCCGCGCCGAAGAAAACUUCUCAUGUCCGCAGCUGUACCUUCCAGAGCGCUGGCUGAAAGCAGACCAAGAAAUUCUGCCCCACGACGGAUAUGCUUCUCUGCCCUUCAGCUUUGGUCCACGAAUGUGCCUUGGAAGGAGAAUAGCGGAACUACAAAUCUGCACGCUCAUGGCCAAGAUUUUGAUCAGGUACAGCAUUGAGUACUCGAGAGAGAACCUCGAGUGGCAUGGACAACUCAUCAACAUCCCAAAGGACCCUACGGACUUUUGCUUCAAGAAGCUCCGACCACCGGUGCACCGUGACUCCAACUAGGUGUCUAAAAGCGCCAGCCGUAACCAACGCGUAAAUUACUGCAGCACAUGGUGCUAUCUCUUCGACGAAUUUUAGAACUGUGGCAGGCGCUGAAAAAUUUGCGCAACGUCAC